GGAAGCCACACCAGCCGUCCGAUCCUUCACACGCUUAUACGCUUAUAUAAAUCGACCGUCUAGGGCUUCUCACUGAUCAGAGCCAGACUCCCUCGCAUUCUGUCGCCGGUCAUCGACGUUGGAAUCUGAAGAGGAGGUACAUAAAGGAGGAAGAUGAGAGAAAUCCUUCACGUGCAGGGUGGACAAUGCGGUAACCAGAUCGGAUCUAAGUUUUGGGAGGUGGUGUGCGAUGAGCACGGUAUCGAUCCCACCGGGAGGUACACUGGUACGUCCGAUCUGCAGUUGGAGAGGGUUAACGUCUACUACAACGAGGCGUCUUGUGGAAGAUUCGUUCCUAGGGCGGUUCUGAUGGAUCUGGAGCCUGGAACCAUGGACAGUGUGAGGACCGGGCCUUAUGGCCAGAUCUUCCGCCCUGACAAUUUCGUGUUUGGGCAGUCUGGCGCGGGAAACAACUGGGCCAAGGGUCAUUACACUGAGGGCGCCGAGCUAAUAGAUUCUGUUCUUGAUGUUGUGAGGAAGGAGGCGGAGAACUGCGACUGUCUUCAAGGUUUUCAAGUAUGCCAUUCACUUGGUGGAGGAACUGGAUCUGGGAUGGGCACUCUGUUGAUUUCUAAAAUCAGGGAGGAGUAUCCUGAUAGGAUGAUGCUUACCUUCUCUGUCUUCCCGUCCCCUAAGGUUUCCGAUACAGUCGUCGAACCCUAUAAUGCAACUCUUUCUGUGCACCAGCUGGUGGAGAACGCCGAUGAGUGCAUGGUUCUUGACAAUGAGGCCCUCUAUGAUAUCUGCUUCCGUACUCUGAAGCUGACCACUCCUAGUUUUGGGGACCUGAAUCACCUAAUCUCUGCAACCAUGAGUGGAGUUACAUGCUGCCUCAGAUUCCCCGGGCAGCUAAACUCUGAUCUAAGAAAGCUAGCCGUGAACUUAAUUCCAUUUCCUCGUCUCCAUUUCUUUAUGGUCGGCUUCGCCCCCCUCACCUCUCGUGGAUCUCAGCAGUACCGAGCCCUCACCGUUCCUGAGCUAACCCAGCAGAUGUGGGAUGCGAAGAACAUGAUGUGCGCCGCCGAUCCUCGCCACGGCCGAUACCUCACUGCCUCCGCCAUGUUCCGCGGCAAAAUGAGCACCAAAGAGGUCGAUGAGCAGAUGAUCAAUGUCCAGAACAAGAACUCGUCCUACUUCGUCGAAUGGAUACCGAAUAAUGUGAAGUCGAGCGUCUGCGACAUCCCGCCCCGAGGCCUGUCCAUGGCCUCCACAUUCAUUGGUAAUUCAACAUCAAUACAGGAGAUGUUCAGAAGGGUAAGUGAGCAGUUCACUGCCAUGUUCAGGAGAAAGGCUUUCUUGCAUUGGUAUACAGGUGAGGGCAUGGAUGAGAUGGAGUUUACUGAGGCUGAGAGCAACAUGAAUGAUCUUGUUUCUGAGUAUCAGCAAUACCAGGAUGCCACUGCUGAUGAGGAAAUUGAGUACGAGGAUGACGAGGAAGCGCAUCACGAUAUUUAAAUCUUGUACUGCCAUUGAUGGAUUAAGGUUUUUGGAGAAUUGGAUAUAUGUUGUUAUCUUAUUUAUUUCGAUGUGCUGAGUGCGAUGUGACUGGUAAUACUCUCUGCUUUUCUUUCUAUCUUAUAAUGUCUGUCUGCUUGGUUGCUGGUGAAAUAUUUGGAUGUUAAAUCUAGAAAUUUGAUUGUUUCUGGUUUGAAA